AACAAGAAAAGUCAUCACUUGUCACGACAAUAUCAUUCCCGCUACAGAAAUUGUGGCAUUGGUGUUGCUGCAAUGCCACAACUUACAAGAAGCGAUUCCCUCGCGUUUAUGGCGCCUUCUCUGAUUUGAAAUUUUGAAUUCCCUCUUGCUGUUCCUUGCUUUCUCCUUCGCAACCUUUUCUUCUCCUUUGUUGCUUUUCUUUCUCAUGGCAAAAAACAAGAAGAAAUCUGCAUCUUCCUUCUCUCGUGGGCAGAGAUCUCAGUUUUCUGAUCUGACUCAAAAUGCAAACUCCAUCUUUGCGGGUGGAUCUAGUCCUCAUAAGUUUCCCAUCCAAGAUGACGAUGUAGUCGCGUGUGGUUCUGGCUCAGAAUCGCGUGAAGAAGAUGAACUAGUCUAUACUGAACCGGAAGAUGGCAUCAGGAGCGGUCCAAGCAAUGCUCAUUCUCCCACUUCAUCUCCGGCUAGAGGAAUCAACGAUGCUGGCUCUGAAGGUACAUCUCCUGGUAUUGUAAAGUCUGGAGAUUUUCCAGCAGGAACUGAGUCCGAUACCCAAGCUCAACCAACUGCUCCUAUUGAGCUUAACCCUGUUACCUCUAAAUCUUCAGAUCACACUACAGACGAAGACCUAGGCAGUUAUUGUGAUGCAUGGAAGUCUUGCAUUUUGGGUUAUGUUGCAGGUGAAUUUCCUGGUUUCAAAGCCUUGAAUAGUAUUAUUGCUAAUACAUGGCAUUGCGAAGCCUCUUUGUCCAUCCAUGAAUCUGGCUGGCUUGUCUUCAAAUUUAACAAUGUGGAUGAUAAAUUGGCAGUUCUGGCCGGCGGUCCUUAUCUUGUGUAUCGCAGGCCUUUAAUUUUGAAAUCUAUGCCGGAGUAUUUUGAUUCCAGUCAUGAAGAAAGGACAAAAGCCCCCGUCUGGGUGAAAUUUCCAAAUUUGCCGUUAAAAUGUUGGUCUAUCCGCUGUCUUUCCAAGAUUGCCAGUACGAUAGGGAAACCUAUUCAAACUUAUCGUAUAACUGCUUCUAUGUCCAGAAUCUCAUAUGCCAGAGUGUUAGUGGAGCUUGAUUUGCUUGAUGAACUUACACAUGCUGUUGAUAUUCUCCUGCCGAAUGGAACCACACUUAAACAAUCUAUAGUUUAUGAGACACUGCCUAGAUUUUGUAAGCUAUGCAAAGCUCUUGGCCAUGCAACAGGUGCUUGUUCAAAAACUGCUGCAUCAAAUGAGUCAGGGAAGAAGGGCAGUCGAACAGCUCAUAACAAGAGUUGUUCUAAGCAAGCAAAUUCUGCAAGCCUGGAACCUGUAGUGGGCACCAGUGUGCAGAAAGAUGAAAGGAAAGCUGUCGUUGCUGAGCAGCAUUUUGACCCAAUGCAAACUGAGCUAGAUGUCAUUUCUGAAGAAUCGGAAACUGUCAGGGGAAGGAAGAACAGAGAGUCCUCUGGCAAGGAUCUUCCCGCUGAGGAUAUAUGCAGAGAACAGGGUGCUGCCGUUUCUAAUUCUUUGGAGGGCAAUCUUAAGACACCUCUGGGAAGGAAAAACCGUGGUAUAGCUGGAACUGCUGAUGCCGUAACUACUAGGAGCGCCCAGAAGGGACUUGUAUCUAAAGCAGCUGGAAGUGGUAGGGAAUCUCCUACCUCUCCAACUAUAUUAUGAUUCUUCUCAGCUGGAAUGUCAGGGGACUUAACAGUCCGCUGAAGUAACAUGAGGUGGUAUCCCUCAUGAAGAAAAACAAAAUUGAUGUUUGUGGUCUUUCAGAGACUAAACUGGUCUCUUCUAAGCUUCAGUUAAUGCACAAGCUGAGAUUGAAGCAAUGGAUUGUUGUGCUGUGGAAUCCUUCCACAGUCAAUGUUGAUUCAAUUGACUCCUCUCCCCAAGCUCUGCAUGUCAUUAUCCGAAACUUGGAAACUCAGUUCACCUGUGCUGCCACCUUUGUUUAUGGUUACAACUCUGUUAGUGCUCGCAGGCCCCUUUGGGAUUAUCUUAGGAGGGCUCCUUCAUGCCCUUGGAUUGUAUUUGGUGUUCCUUUCAUCACUGCUUCCUGUCUGAUGGUUUGGAUAUGUUGGCUGUGUUUUACUUGCUUGGUUGCCGUUGAAGGUUGCUUGUUAAGGCUGCACAGCUGGGGUUACUCUGUUUAUUUUGUUGGUCAACUUUAGCAUCUAU